CAAGGCCACAUUAGUUACAAACCAGAAAGAGGCAUGGAGCUCUUUCUUUUCCUGAUCUUCUUAGGCGUUGCAGCCGGCCUGGAAGAUGAUGAAAAGAUUGUUGGAGGAUAUGAAUGCCCGAGAAACUCUGUGCCCUAUCAAGUGUCACUCUUCACUGGGUACAACUACUGCGGAGGCGUCCUGCUGUCUGAUCAGUGGGUGCUGUCGGCUGCACACUGCAAACCAAGCUCAAAUUUAGAAGUUCGACUGGGAGAGCAUGACAUCUGGGAACCCGACCAUACCGAACAGCACAUCAUGUCUUCUGCGUUCAUUCGCCACCCUGAUUACAAUCCCCGCACGCAGGACAAUGACAUCAUGCUGAUCAAGCUGAGUCAGCCUGCUAUUCUGAACGACUAUGUGCGUCCUGCAGCGCUUCCAUCAGACUGUGGCAGUGCUGGAGCGAUGUGCCGGAUAUCUGGAUGGGGGAACAUUCGCCCCAGUGACGAGGGCUCAAGGUACCCAGACAAGCUGCAGUGCCUGGAAGUCCCGCUGCUGAGUGAUGACACCUGCUUCAAUGCAUAUCCCUUUCAGAUAACUGAAAAUAUGAUAUGCGCUGGAUACCUUGAGGGAGGGAAAGAUUCCUGUCAGGGUGACUCUGGGGGCCCUAUGGUGUGUGAGGGACAGCUCCAGGGAGUUGUGUCCUGGGGCCACGGCUGUGCUCAGAGAAACAAGCCUGGAGUGUACACAAAAGUUUGCAAUUAUGUUUCCUGGAUCAAGACAACAAUGGCUUCUGGCUGAGGCGUAAAGCUGAAGGCUUCAGAUAUACAGGGAAAAAAAUGAGUAAAGUCAAUCAAUUUGGCACGUUUGUGUAAAGUGUCAUUUUUACUGGUCCGCAAGAUAAAAUGAGGGUGGAUUUUUUUUUCAUGUAAGUAAAAGGAAUCCUUCACAUGAAGUUAAAAAAAAAACUUUAAAAUGCUGACUACUCUCAAUGUGACUUUGAAAGAAGGAGCAGCUGUUGAGGAAGCCAAAUCAGGUCACGCGUAAAUUAAACUUGUUUCUUAUUCAAAGAAAGACAACCCAUCCAAAGAAAGAUGAAAAGCAAACAAACGCAAGGAAGACAGGAGCCUGGAGCUGUAGCAGUGGUGGGAGGCGCUGCCCUUUCCAUUAGACUUAGAUGAAGUGGCAACAUCAGGUAGAACGAAGGAAAAAAAUCAUACCCCCCACUGUGUCCAAGAGGGCGCAGUGGGGGGUUGCACAGAAACCUCUGCAUAUAUAAAGCAACAUAAAUAUAACAUAAAGGUGGGGGCCAGCAAAGGUGGUGAGUUCAGGGAGGAUGCGCUCAUAGCCAUGGAAUAUGGCUUUGUAUACCCAUGCAGUCUGCAUGGAUAUACAUGCAAAGACAGGGAAGCUGUGUGGCAAAGACAGUGAACUUUACCACACAGCUCUCCCAGCCAGCAGUCUCUAAUAUGGUGGAAAGGUUUAUCAGCGUGGUCUUCUGGAGCCUACCACAGAACCACAGAUGUCUCCGGGGAAGCAUGGUGGGUAAGAGCAUCUUGUUUACAUAUCAUCCAAGAGAGUUGAGAAAGACAGCCAGCAUAAGCCAACACAGGGAAGCCAGUUCAGAUAGCAACCGUUGUUUUGUAGUUCAAGCAGACGGCGUUCAUUUUUCCAUUCUGCUGUAAGUUCUCACCGGUACAUCUCUGUGGCUGUUCCAGUCAUCCAAAUUAUUUUUGUAGCCAUUCCCACCAGAACAAGCUAGCAACUUCUCCAAAGUCAAUUCUAUCUUGCCAGAAUCACAUCCAGCUUGCGGCACUGGUCCCACAGCCUGCUAGUCUGAGAAUCCGCUUGUAAGGAUUUGGUUUUCUCUGUGUUGAUUUGAGUUUUUCUGUGUGUUUAUUUUGGGUUUCUGUGUCUUUUGAGUCUCCGUGUUGUGCUGUCUACCCCCUGUCAAGUCGUGUGAAGCUGUCUAGUCUGACGUCUUGUCUGCUGUCAGUUAUUAUGCAACCAGUUGCUACCAGAAUUUGAGCUACUAGCCUCCUGCUCAAUCUGUGCUGCCUGGACUUUCUGGAUUUGUAUUUUCAUCAUUAAAUCAUCAC